AUGCCCCGCACGGGCCAAGGGCAGCACCAGGACGGCGAGCCCGAGCCUCAAGUCGAGGUGUCGCUCCAGCUCGCGACCCACCCGGUGCUCGCGACCCCGCUCGAGCGCACCCUCCGCCUGAGCCGCACCGCCACCAUCCUCGACCUCAAGCACCGCAUCCGCCACGAGUGGGACGGCACCCCGCUCGAGCAGGGCGUCACCGUCACCAAGGGGGCUCGCGUCCUGCGCGACCAAGAGUCCCUCGACGCCGCGUUCGAGGAUGAACUCGCCACGACCCCGACACCUCCUCUCGUCCUCAACGUCAUCGUCCGCCCCUCGGCCUGGUCCACCCCGUUCACCUCGACCGCCGCCUCGACUCGCUCGGCCUCGCCCAACCUGUUCCACGACGCUCCCCUUCCUGCCCAGGCCACCCCGCAACGUGGAACCGCCGCCGACUCGCCGGCACCCUCGUCCGACGUCGCAGUCACCGGCUCACCCGCCAGGUCGGUCGAGUCGCCCUACACGCCCGGCUUUUUCGACACGGCCGCUGCCGCCUCGACCUCGGCGCCGGCCACGCCCUCGCCCUCGGGGCCCCUCCUCGUGUCGCCCACCCCGAGCGGCACGGGACCGCGCACCGCGUCGGCGACGACGAGCACGGGCGCCGCUGGGCCCUACGUCGCCUACCUGUCGCACCUCCAGCGCCUCGUCCCGCUCCAGCGCGCCCUCCUCCUCCUCAACCUCCAGAAGGCGCACGCCUACUACGCCAACGUCGUCGCGACCGGUGAGGGCGACGCGCUCGUCGAGGUCGAGGCGCUCCUGCUCGGCGUCGGCCUGUGGGACUCGGUCGAGGACAGGGUCAAGGCGGCCGAGAAGGAGGCGGCCGAGGCGGGCUCGCCAGCUCUCGAGGAAGAGUUCAGGGUCGUCCAGAUUGGCGGCCUGCCGUACCUCCUCCACACCCCUCCGGCGCUCCUCGCCCGCGCACCCUCCCCUCCCUCACCCUCCCUCGUCCGCGCCCGCGCCAUCCACGCCCACCUCACGACCAUGCUUCAGCUCCUCGUCACGCUCGCGCCCGCCGCGCCCUCGAUCGCCCACGGCCGCACCGUCACGGGCCGCCCGACCCAGGCCGCCGUCGCCGCCGCGCAGCAGGUCCUCGCCCGCGCCGGGGCCGCGCCGGCCGCAUUCGGUCACGGUCCGCAAGGCGACCUUGUCGGCGCCCUCCAGCAGGGCCAGCAGCAGCGCCGCCGCGCGACCCUGAGCGUCAUCAUCAACCUCGAGGCCGUCUUUUCGCUCCUCGUCCCGCUCGUCCUCCUCAGCGCCAAGCUCGGGUUCUUCCUGUGGCUCUUUGGCCGCAACGCGUCGCCGGGCAAGCGCCUCGCGCUCGCCGUCAUGGCGGCGCUCUGGGUCGCGUUCGAGGGCUGGGGCGUCCUGAGGCGCCGCCGGGCGCAGGGGAGGGACCGCGACCGCGCCGAGCGCGAGAGGCGCAGGGCCGCGCGCGCGCAGGGCAGGGCGCAGCAGGCUGCGGCCGUGGCCGCGGCGGGUGCGGGUCAAGGCGCGGCGGCGGCGGCGGCGGCGGCGGGCGCGCACGGACCGGCAGCAGGCGCCGACGUCGCCCGCCCGGGCGCAGCGCCCGCCGCCCGAGCAGCUCGUCGCCGGGUUCCAGCGUCGCGCCUGUCGCCCAAGUACUGGCUCAACACGCUCGCCGCCGUCGGCCUGGUCGCCGAGGCGCGCGAGCUCGGCCUCCAGCCGCGCUACAUUGCCGGCCGGCCCGUCGCGCCGCCCUCGCCGCACCCUCCCGGUCCCGUCCGCCGCGCCCUGCGCAACAUCUUCGUCGCCACCGUCCUGUUCGUCGCGACCCUGAGCCCCGAGGUCGAGCGCAAGCGCCGCCGCGCCCUCGACAAGCGCGAGCGCCUCCUCGCCGAGCGCCGGGCGCGCGACGGCCGCGACCGCGUCGCGCAGGCGCAGCAGCGGCUCCGGGUCCAGCAGGGCGCGCUCCACCGCGCGCCGAGCGGCGUCGAGGUCGCGCUCACGAGCGAGGACGACGACAGCCGGCAGCCGAGCCGGGCGGGCACGCCAGGACCCGGCGCGAGGGCGCACCCGCUCCGGCACGAGGUCGGGCCCUCGGCGGAGGCGGCGGUUGAGCGUGAGCGUGCAGGAGAGGGCGAGGGAGCGGGCGACGGCGAGACGAGCGCGGGCGAGCGCCUCGAGAUGGACGCGGCCGGCCUGCGCAGGCGCCGCAUGGCCGCCCUCGCGCAGCGCGAGCAGGCCGCCGGGCGUGCUCGCGUGCCCGAUGCCGAGCUCUUCCGCGACGGCGGCAGCGAGGCGUACAGCUCGGCGAGGGCGGGCGCGCCGGGCUCGAGCACGAGUGCUGGGACGGCAUCGAGCGCGCCGCGGCUCGGCGAAGAGGCGCGCACGACGACGCUGUCGCCGCCAGAUGCUGUGGCGCCUCGAGUGCCUGCGCUCGUGCCCGUCGCUCCCGCUGCGGCGACAGCGCAGCCGCAGGACACAGUCGAGCGCGAGGUCGACCCGGAGGAGGACGACGUCGCCUCGGCGUCGGGCGACGGGGCGUCCACCUCAGGUGACGAGGCCGGUCCCGCAGCUGGCGAGCAGGGUGGGCGGAUCCGGCCGGCAGGAGCAGAGGCAGACGAGGUGGACGAGGUGGUCGCGCUCUUUUGAGAAGGCGCCGUCAAUUUUGCAAUCCCUCUUUCUCUUUCA